AAAGUCGCUUUUACAUUCCUGAGCCUGAGAAACGAACACGGUGUUUGAGUUUCUUGGGAAAGUACGGAAGUGGUUUGACAGGUGCACCGAAUGCUAUUUUUGUUACGUGCAAAUGUUGAAUAAAAAAUAAAUGAAAAAAGAAUCGUCAUUUGAGCGCGGUGUGGUUCGGUCGUCGGACACCUGAAGAAGAGAGCUCUCUCUGUUUGUGUUGAACACCUAUUCAGCUGUCAUGUCGCGGCACAGGAGACAGGCCAGCAUCGAACUCCUGGAGCUGAUGGGAGUGGUGAAGGAAAACGGGAACCAUUUUGAUAGUCCUGAGACAUCACCACUACUUCCCUCAGUGCAUACUCCACUGUCAUACGACUAUGUCCUGGUCGCUAAGUCAGUGGAUGAUCCGGAGAAAGAUACCUUCAAGAUGCAAGAGGCCUUUAUCGAGAAACUAAAGAUGAAGAACUUGAAGAUAACAAAAAUUAUAGACGACACUGUUGUCUUCUACGGUAUCCAAGCUCCAAAUGAAGUGUUUGAGAAGUACAGGUAUCUACUGAAGGUGUCUGAUGCCUGCAACUGGAGUGAACAGCAGGGAAGUGUCCCUCUUUCCACCAGGAUCCGCAUUGUCCACUUUAUCCUGAGUCAUGUCUUCCUGAAUACAGGAGAGAACCUGUUUGAACUCUUGAAGAAGAAAGUGUUCGAAGCAAAGUUCUGCCUGCAUGAGAGAAAAACUCAGAAGGAACUGAGGAAAAGUUGGGCCAGAUGGACUGCCUGUUUCCGGGGACAACCAAUCAAUGAUGUCAGGAACUACUUUGGAGAGAAGGUGGCUCUGUAUUACCUCUGGCUGGGCUGGUACACCCUUCUGUUGCUCCCUGCAGCUCUGUUAGGGGUCAUUGUCUUCCUCUACGCACUGGCUUUCUACAAGACCUCGCCACUUAUAAAGGAGGUGUGUGAGUCGAACACAAUCAUGUGUCCUCUGUGUGACAAGAGAUGCAAAGUGUGGCUUCUCAGCGAUACCUGCCUUUACGCCAAGGUCAGCAUCCUAUUUGACAACGAGGGGACGGUUAUGUUUGCUAUGUUCAUGGCAGUAUGGACCACCUUGUUCCUGGAGUUCUGGAAACGACACAGAGCCUCCUAUACAUGUAAAUGGAAGGUGUUCGACUGGUGUGAGGAGGAGGAGGAGCUGAUCCUGGACAUAGUGAACAAUGCAGAAUGUGCGCCUAAGGAACACAAGCACUCCUACCUACGCAGCACCCUGGUCCUCAUCCUGGUCACUCUUAUACUGCUGCUGAUCAUCGGCCUGGCCCAUGCCCUGGUGGUGUUCCGGGUGGUUGCCACGGUGAUGUUGGCUGAAGGAUCAUGGGAGUUCCUGAGUGACCACUCCAACACAGCCGCUGUGAUACUAGGAGCAGUGCUACACUACUUCACCAUCACCAUCAUGACACGGGUCAACAGGAUUGUGUCGCUGAAACUCUGCGAUAUAGAGGAGAAUCAGUCGUUUGCUGCCUCUGAGAGAAGCUUCACCGUCAAGAUGUUCACCUUCCAGUUCUUCACCCUCUUCUCCUCUCUCUUCUACGUUGCCUUCUUCCUGGGCAGGAUAAAUGGACACCCUGGUGGUUACGUGCGGAUAGCAGGGAAGUGGAGGCUGGAGGAGUGUCACCCCAGUGGCUGCCUCACAGACCUUUUCAUCCAGAUGGCCAUCAUUAUGGUUCUGAAACAAACCAUCAGCAACGUCUUUGAGUUCGGAGGCCCCUGGUUCAACAGGUGGCUAAAGAGGCGGAGGACUAAGAAGCUACAGAGGAAGUGUCCCCACUGCUACAAGAAGGCAGACCAACAGACCAAUCGGUGGGAAGAGCUGUGUGAGAUCUGCAAGCUCAGUGAUUGGCUAAGAAACUACCGUCUCAACGACGUGAACUCUUUCAGCCUCUUCAAUGAGUUCCUGGAGAUGGUCCUCCAGUUCAGUUUCACCACCAUCUUUGUGGCUGCGUUCCCCUUGGCUCCUCUGCUGGCCUUAAUCAACAACAUCAUAGAGAUACGGCUCGACGCCAUCAAGAUGGUCAGUUUGGAGCGCAGGAUGGUACCCAAGAAGACCAACGACAUCGGCGUAUGGACAGAUGUGUUGGAGGCUAUCGGGGUGUUGGCAGUCAUAGCCAACGGCCUGGUUAUUGGGAUAUCUUCAGAUUUCAUCCCCCGCCUUGUAUACCGCUACAAUUAUGGACCGUGUGCCAAUGGAACGGUCACGGAUACAGAGCCCUCGUCCCCGCAGGAGGCCUUUUGUUGCAUGGCCGGCUACAUCAACAACAGCCUGUCCACAGUGUACAUGAACGACCAGAGAAUCUAUAAUGAGUUCUCACCGGACCAGAUGGUGACGCCUAGCGGACAGAAUGUCUCCUACUGCAGUUAUAAAGAUUAUAGAAGUAAUGAAGACUACAGCUUGACUCCUCAGUUCUGGCUCAUUUUAGCCGUGCGCUUUGCUUUUGUCAUCCUCUUUGAGCACGUGGUGGUCAUAUGUAAAUUCAUCACAGCCUGGUUUGUUCCCAGCGUUCCCUUGGAUGUCAAGAAUCAAAGGCUCUUUGAUAAACUCAACAGGUUGAAGGAAGAGCUCAGCUCAUCGAAGGUAUGACAACAUCGCCACAGUGUUUGGAGAAUUCUAAUGUUGACAUAGUGAUGUCUGAAAAAACACAUUGGACACAGUAUCCGCUCAGAUGUGACUGAUUACCGGCACUGUUGGAGGACAUGUUCAUGUGUGGAGAGAGAGAGGGAGGGGGAGAGGGAGCGCUUAUCGCCUGGGUUUUAUUGGUUUUCUAUUUGUUGUUGUUGUUGUUUUUGUUUUGUUUUUGUGUCAGAUGACGUCAGAGCGCUGGCCAUGUGACUUCUGACCCUAGAUAUAGUUAUUGUUUCUUAUAAGAGAGAAAAAUAUAUAUAAAAUAUUGUCUUAAUGGUAACAGACAAAACUUCUAGAUGUUAUAUAUAUUUCUUUUAUAUUUCAUGAAGUUGCACUAUUUUUUUGUUGCUGUUGUUAAAUCAUCUUGUUUACCGUUCAGUACAGGCAGUAUAGGCAGUACAGGUAGUACAGGCAGUACAGGUAGUACAGGCAUGCUGUGGCAUGGUAUGCAACGUAGUGGUAUGUUAUGUUAUAGUGAGAUACUUAUGUUUAUCAACUGUGGACAGGAAAUGUAAUAUAUUUUUUUAAGCACUGAGAUGUGCUUCAUGUUAUGAGACAUAACACAUUCACUUUAACUUAACGAAAUAGACACCAUUGAUAUUAAUACACGACCAAAUGACCUACAGGGUAGCCUAGUGGUUAGAGCGUUAGGCCACUAACUGAAAGGUUACUAGAUCAAAUCUCUGAGAUGACAAGGUAAAAAAAAAAAAAUCUGUAAUUCUGCCCCUGAACAAGGAAUCCUCUGUUCCCUGAUAGGCUGUCAUUGUAAAUAUGUAUUUGUUCUGAACUGACUUGCCUAGUUAAAUAAUGGAUCAAAUAAAUAUGUUAAAUUAAACAUCGGUUUGUAUCUGGAUGGAUGGGGGGCCAAGUCAUGUUAAGGACUGUAAACUCAGUCACAUUACUUAUUAUUUUUUUUAUACAGUAUAUUCAUCACUUCUGGUGAAUGUAACUUGACAAUUGUUCUAAUUUAAAAACGCUGUUCAGACUCGGCGUUCAUUACGAGGACUGUUGUAAAAGUUAAGCAGAUAGUUGGCUACAGGCCGAGUCUACUGUUGGCUACAGGCCGAGUCUACUGUUGGCUACAGGCCGAAUCUACUGUUGGCUACAGGCCGAGUCUACUGUUGGCUACAGGCCGAGUCUACUGUUGGCUACAGGCCGAGUCUACUGUUGGCUACAGGCCGAGUCUACUGUUGGCUACAGGCCGAGUCUACUGUUGGCUACAGGCCGAGUCUACUGUUGGCUACAGGCCGAGUCUACUGUUGGCUACAGGCCGAAUCUACUGUUGGCUACAGGCCGAGUCUACUGUUAGGGUUAAAGUUUGGUUUAAAAUCAGAUGUUAUGACUUUGUGGCUGUGCUAACUAGUGACCACUCUGCAGAGCUGC